CCUUCUCUUCCUCCCAGGUUGCGGCGGCUCGGCAGUUCAUCACAGCCGUGCUCGGCGGCCGGCUGAUGCUUGGCCGCUAGCCAUAGGUAGUGACGGACGAGACGGUAAGGCGGCAACUAGCAGCCACGUCGCAGGUCUGCGGCCGGCUACGAGGGGUCUCUUCGCCUCUUCACGACGACAUCGACAAGUCCAUGAUGUCGUCUCAAACGGACCCAGGACAUGGCGGGCUCUUGGUUCCCUUGUUUGUGAACUGGUGAUGCUUGUUUGUACUUCCUCCCUGAGAUGCCAGCAUCGCCAGAGUAACAUCAGGAUCCUGGCGCGCGUUCCCUCACUUUUUGUGUCCAACAUUACUUGCAGCCAGUUUUCACCUGUGAACCAGAACUUGUUUUCAGCAGAAGCCUUUAGAGAGCAUGAAGACGCUCAUGGUGAAGGUUGGGAGCGCCUGGACCAUAAACUUCAUGUGGACUUCCUUGGCUGCAUAGGCCAUAACCUUCUCCGACCAAUCACUACAUCUUUUCCCAAAGCUAUUCAUGAUUGGCUGGAACCGUUCCUCCAUUCUUCCUUCCGGAGUAGGCAGGCCAAAAUACUUGCUCUCAAAAGUUUCCGAUUUCACACCAAGGAUGGCCUUUAUUUCCUCUCUUGUUUGGUCAGGGCACACUUCACUGAAAAGAAGAGCGCAUUUGCUCACACUUAGUAGCUGUCCAGUACAUUUUUGGAAGGAUGGCCUUUAUUUCCUCUCUUCUUUGGUUAGGGCACACUUCACUGAAAAGAAGAGAGCAUUUGCUCACACUUACUGACUAAUUAAGACCUAAGCAAUAAUAAAACCAGGACUGAAGGAAAAAAAACCAAGGCACUGUGCUUUGGCGCUAUGAUGCUGGCAAAUUAGUACAAAUUCAUAAUGCACAAAUUGGCAUUCAUUUGUCCGGACUCCCACAAAUCUCCCCCAUUUUUGUCUCCGAUUUAUGGGAGAAAUCACGUUGGA